AUGAAGAAGGGAGCAACUCUCCAGAAGCAGGGUGUGCAGAACCAUCACUCUGCUCUGUACCCAGACCUUCCACAGGGAGCAGGAGGGGCCCCCAGGCAGAGCAGCUGCCUGUGCUCAGCUGAGGGCCAGCUCCCACUGAGCCCUCCCUGGGCCUAUGAGGUCACACAGCGGGGGAGCAGCAGGCAUGGAAUCCAAACAUCUCCCCACACUCUUCUCCACUUGGAUCUCAAACUUGGUCACCCAACAGCAUGUGUACCCCGAUCUCUCCAGGUGUUGAGGACCUGUGCGCCAGCCCCUGCCGUCAUCGAAGUUCUGUUCAACUCCUAUGCUCAGCUCUGUGUGUCCGAGUCCUGGAAGGGUGUGAUCCCUGAGGAAGUGUUCCAGAUCCACAAGGCUUUCUACCAGUCUUUCUUCGCCUUGGCCGGCACCCCACGCUCCCUGCAACAUCUUUGCCGCUGUGCCAUUCGCAAGCUGUUCGGCAAGGGGUGCUUUCUCCUCGUGCCCCUGCUGCCCUUGCCCGCAUCCCUGCAGAGUUACCUACUUUUGGAGCCAGAGGGUGUUUUGCACUGAAAACCAGAGCCAAGCUUGUGAUGAAGGGUCUCAUUCUCACCUUUGUCCCAGUGGAGGCCAAGCAUGGAGGAGAGUGUCCUGGUGAGGAGGGGCGCAUCUGGACGGGUCUUCCGUCCUCCUGGCUCUCCACAUGACCAGCGGAAGUGCAAACUUGUGAGCCUCAGGUUCACCUGGAAAUGAAAUUGGUAGUAAAAGUCUUUCUGCCUUUCAGGUUUGCUGAAGGCUCAGGUAAGGUCGUGACUGUCAUAGUACUUGCUGUCAGAGGUGUCCUCAACAAAAGAUACACCAGAAGACAUGCUGUGUUCCCAAAGUUUGUCUCCUGUGCCCAGUUGGUUAGCAGUAGGCCAUGGACUCUCAGCCUUAUAGCAAAGGCUAGGGCCUCCCAGGGCCUGGCCACCUGGAGGGGUUUUGUCCAGAACAUGCCAGACCCUCUGCAGAAAGAGGACACCUGCUCCCAUGACAGGUGUACCUUUCUAAGAUCCAUUGGCGCUAAAGCACGCAGCAGCUUGGCACUCCCAGGAGCACACUGGAGGAGGGGUUGGAGCCAGACUUUGGUCCUGCAGGAGUCCUCUCCAAAGGCCUCUUCCAGUCCCAGCUGAACUCCCUCUGGGAAUGGCCAGGAAGCCAGCCCCCAGAAAUACACACACACAGACAGGUCAUUUAGCUCAGCUUGACCACCACACAGCAAGAGAGAUGUCCAAACAAUAAGGACAGCACUCACCUUGUCUUUUAUUUUCUGUCUUAAUGUUUCACUGACCCCCAGGGGACAGCCCCUCCCAGAGUUAGCUAGUCCCUAGAGAGAGUAAGCAACUGGCCACAGAGCCUGUUUGUGCUAUGCCAAUCAGCCAGAGACCACAUCCCAGUUGCCUCCUUUCUUAGACUCUCACUUAGGGCCUGAUCACUCCAGGGCCAGGUGACACCUAGUGACAGCCCCUCCACCCAGAGCCUGCUGAAACUAACCAACCCUGAGCCUGCUUUCCCUUCUUCCACAUUCCCACACACACCUCCUGGCCAACCCUAGUGUUUCCCUGCGUGGCCCCUGUGGCAUGGUGAGCCCCCCCUCUUGGGAACAGUGAGUAAUAAACUCUGCUUACUGGCACUGGUCUCCCCAUCCAUUGGCCUUGCAAGAUCUGAAAUUGUGUGUAUGCGGCACUCACGUGUACACUUGGGGAUGAACCCCAGGACCUUGCACAUGCUAGGCAAGCACUCUGCUAGUGACCUAUACCCCAGUCUAAUACACUACAUCUCAAAGUAAGGACUCUAUGGUCAUCCUCCAAGAAUAGGUGGUGGCUUCUUUCCUUUCCAAUCAGAGUCAGAGCAAGAAGCUGCCCAUGUGGCCCUCAGAGGGGGUAGGACACAUUUCUAUUGCCCAGGUUUGGAAAAGUAGUUUAGGUCCCAGCACAAGCUGGGGUGUUCUUUCAGGAGACUGAGGCAGGAGGAUGAAAAUUCCAGGUCAACCUGAGCAAUAGAGCCAGACCUUGUCUUAAAAAAAAAAAAAUACUGUGUGUACCAUGGGGGAAGCCCACUGUGGAAGUAGAAAAUGGGACCAGACAGGGCUUACCCAUUGAGGGGACCAUCAUGACAGAGGUAGCCAGGCUGAGCCUUGGUGGAUGGUCACGUUGUACACAGUGGAACUUCAAAUGGAGUUGGUAAGAC